GCGGGCAGCGGCAGCAGCGCUCCCGCCGCCGGAGCCGCGCCAGCCCCGGCCAUGGCCGCCACCGACCUGGAGCGCUUCUCGAAUGAAGAGAAGAGGAACCUGUCCCUGGGGGGCCAUGUGGGCUUCGACAGCCUCCCGGAUCAGCUGGUCAGCAAGUCUGUCACACAAGGCUUCAGCUUCAACAUCCUCUGUGUGGGUGAGACUGGCAUUGGGAAGUCCACGCUGAUGAACACCCUGUUCAACACCACCUUUGAGACGGAGGAAGCCAGCCACUACGAGAGCGCCGUGCGCCUGCGCCCGCGCACCUACGACCUGCAGGAGAGCAACGUGCACCUGAAGCUCACCAUCGUGGAUGCAGUUGGAUUUGGGGAUCAGAUCAAUAAGGACGAAAGUUACAGGCCAAUCGUUGAGUACAUUGAUACGCAGUUUGAAAACUAUUUGCAAGAGGAGCUGAAAAUCCGCCGGUCUCUGUUCGACUACCACGACACGAGGAUCCACGUCUGCCUCUACUUCAUCACCCCCACCGGGCACUCGCUCAAGUCCUUGGACCUGGUGACAAUGAAGAAGCUGGAUAGCAAGGUGAACAUCAUCCCCAUCAUUGCCAAAGCAGACACCAUCUCCAAGAGCGAGCUGCACAAGUUCAAGAUCAAGAUCAUGAGCGAGCUGGUCAGCAAUGGGGUGCAGAUCUACCAGUUCCCCACGGACGACGAGGCCGUGGCCGAGAUCAACUCCGUGAUGAAUGCUCAUCUGCCCUUUGCUGUGGUCGGCAGCACGGAGGAGGUGAAGGUUGGGAACAAGCUGGUGCGAGCUCGGCAGUACCCCUGGGGAGUGGUGCAAGUGGAGAAUGAGAGUCACUGUGACUUUGUGAAGCUGAGGGAGAUGCUGAUCCGGGUGAACAUGGAGGACCUGCGGGAGCAGACCCACACGCGCCACUACGAGCUCUACCGCAGGUGCAAGCUGGAGGAGAUGGGCUUCAAGGACACAGAUCCAGACAGCCAGCCCUUCAGCCUCCAAGAAACAUACGAGACCAAAAGGAAAGAGUUCUUGGGUGAGCUCCAGAGGAAAGAGGAAGAAAUGAGACAAAUGUUUGUUAACAAAGUCAAGGAGACAGAGGCAGAGCUGAAGGAGAAGGAGAGAGAGCUGCAUGAGAAGUUUGAGCACUUAAAAAGGAUACACCAGGAAGAGAAGAGGAAGGUGGAGGAGAAGAGGAGGGAGCUGGAGGAGGAGAUGAACGCCUUCAACAGGCGGAAAGUGGCAGUGGAAACCUUGCAGUCCCAAUCCUUGCAGGCUACCUCACAGCAGCCACUCAAGAAGGACAAAGACAAGAAAAACUUCUUUAGUCUUCCCAGUGCGUACUCCAUAACAACAGGAAGAUAUGUUAAUUAGAAGAUUUAUUAAGGCCAAAACAUCUCAUGCAGAAGAAAUUAAUUGGUGCUUACACCUUUAAGCUUUCAAUAUGUUGCACAGAAGAGAAUAUGUAGCAAGGACUAAAAUUCACCGUGUCUUUUGAUGGGGAGAAGUUUGCUUAAUCAGGUUUCUUGGUAAAGUUGAAAUCCAAGAUACUUGCAAAAGGUAAACUGCUAAUUACACUGCUGCACGGCUGGCACUAAACCCAGAAUGGUUUUGGGGCUCAGCCCAAGGGAGUUAACACUGACUGACUCCAGAGAGGUGAGGGACAAAGCUGGGGUAGUGUGAGGAGCUUCCAGCUUUGCUGCUCGAGCUGCUGCAGUAACAGGGUCCUGCAGGUCCUCUCCUCACUCUGGUUUUGGGGUGUAACUGGGGAACCCGAUGUCCCUAACCUGACAUCCCUAAUCUUUCAGCUGGAUUCUCACCUUUCAUAACAAUAACUCUUCUGUGCAGCUUGCUUCUGUAUACUUACAGGUUUUAUAACCAAAAUGCCCCAACCUUCCUCUCUUUGGUUUUCUGAGGGCUGCACUUUGUGCCUCACACCAUAACCCUUUCCCCAGAGCUCCCUGCCCACCUCCCCUCUGCUGCUUUGGGCCAGGUGACCCUGCCUGGCCAGUCUGGGCUCUGCUCAUCCUGCUGGGAUGUGAUGGGUGCUAAGGGAGCCAUGUUAAAGCACAACUAAAUGUUAUUUAUUAAUGGAGGAGAAAUGGUUUAAAGCUGGAGACUCGGUGUUCCUGGUGUAAGUUCUGUGUUUGUAACAGACUGACUUCCCCUUACACAAACACUUUUCUUUAAGAAAAGGAAAGGGGAAAAACAAAGUGUGAUGUCUGUGCCCCAGUAACUUCACACAGGAACAGGGAGAGGCCCCAGUUUAUCUUUGUUUUAAACAACCUUGUAAAUGAAUCUCAGGAAUGACCUGUACCAAAGCUGGGUUUAAUAAAAACAAAACUGACUUGUUUAACAAACAUCUGUUAAAACCAUGGUUUGUGCACCAAGUAUAACCAGAACAAUGUUCUGUGUCCCUCUGUGAUCCCAGUUUCCCCUCAUUAACCCCGUUGCCCUCUGAUUAAAGUGUGAUGUCCCCUGUGCACCCCUGUGUCUUGGCAGCUGCUGUCCCUAGUCUCCCUCCCUUUUCCCCACUGCCCCAGGCUGGCAGGGAGGAGUGGCCAAAAGCCAGUCUUUGGCAGGAGCUUUGAAGAAAUCUCACCCUCACCCUGUGCCCCUACCUCAUGCUGACGGUGUGACCACAGUGGGACAAAGGCUGAGCAUCAGAGUGUGGUUGUGUGUGACAGGAGCCCCGAGGCUCCCAUGGAGGACUUUGUGUCCCUGUAACCCCCCGAGAGACAGAGAGGCUGCUGUAGAGGCUCUGAGGGUGUGGGACAAGUGACUAAACCCUCUGGAUGCCCUUAGCCUGACUCAGAGCUGGGAAAUUGCAGCUGUACCAGGUAUGUGGCCUGUAUAGGACUGAACUGGACACGAGGAGAAGCUGUGGAGGAUGCUGCCACUUGCAGGCAGUAGGAAUGAAACCCAUGACAAACAUUUUCACCCCAUGCUCGUCACCCCUGCUGUCCCUGCUGCCACAGUGGGCGGGGAUGAGGCCCCACUGGUGCCAGGGGAAGUGGGACCAGGUGAGCAGCGCCAGUGUGACACAGCUGGGUCCUGGGGCCAUGAAUUCAGAGCUGGAAGGCUGCUUAGGAGGGCUCUGUCUGUCUUCCCUGCAUGGACUGGGACAGCUGAUGCUGUGUGUGACCAUCAGCUGAGCCAUUGUACAGCUUUGCUGUUGCUUUGAGGACUCUCUAAACUUGCUUGUGUUCUCUUUUGAGGCAGCCACUCUAAUUCCUUUGGCAAAGCUUUCAAGCAGCUUGGAGCUUUUGUCAAGUUAGAUUCCCAGCAGGAUAAGUGAAUUGGAAAUAGAAGCUUUUUGUUCUUUUUCCAAAUUGCUCAGAUUUGAUUAAGUUCUGUUUGUCAUGACCAUAGUUAGGUCACCAGGGGGAUUCCAGUUGCAUGUCUUGCUGAGGAGGAAUGGGAGGGGGCUCUGAGACCUGCCAGAAGUUAAUGCAUCUCUCCAUCUCUGCACUUUUCUGCCUUCCUAAAGAAUUGAACUGUAAGUACUGCUCAAAUUCAAUUUAACACAGCAAAGUCAAUUAGCAGGAGAAAAAAAAAACAAUAACUGUAUUGCUGCAAUGCCACAAAUGAGGUAUAACUAUUGCAUUACUCUUCCCUUUGCAGUUUUCUUGUCUCUUGGUCAGUUCUCUGACCGCAGGAGUUUAUUUAUUUGUGCAGCAUUUCUCCUAGGUCAUCACACACCCUCCACAAUUAGUGCCCCUGAGUCAGGUUUCUUGUCAGAAAACCCCAGUGAGUGCUGUCUUGAAAUGGGGCAGCUCCCUCCUCACCUGCAGUGGCUCCUGGGUGAUUCCAUGAGCUGUGACAUGGUUCCUUUAGCUGGGGUUAUGAAUGGGGGCAUUGUGGUGGGUGGGAGGAUCUGAAAUGCUUUGCUGUUUCUGUAGGUGGUUUAAAACAACCACAGAAAACAGUUCUGUGGAUGUUUACCAUAGGGGAUUUCAGGUGUAAUUGCAGCUUUGUUUACAAGGUGGUGGUAGCUUCAGGCAUCUGGAAAUCUGGUCUGAAUUGAGGCAACAACAAGAGGAGUCUGGGUUUGAGAAAUAUGCCUCACCUGGGCUGAGAUCCCCCAAGGGAAGGGACCUUACCAGGUCAGAGCUCUUUGAAAAUACUUUAUAAGCAUUCUCUUUAGUUCUUCUGGGAGUGAAUAUUGCCCAAAACAACAAUCCUCACAGAGCUGGCCAUAACCACAUCAGAGCUGUGCCAGCACUCACUGAAUCUGGCACAUUCUCACCAGUUACUGGUGUGGAGCAAAUGGGAUCUGCAGUGGUGAGUUGAGCUGCAGUUGGAAUAAACUCAUGUUGUACACACAGUCCAAACAGGUAGGCACAGGGGUGAGAUGUCAUCCUCUCUGAAACUCACUGGGCAAAACAAUUGUUCCUGGCACUGCUGUGUGUGGGGAGUGUUCAUCUUGUCACUCAUUACUUGUCCAGGCAGGGAGGGAAAAGGUGUUGAAGCUUCUGACCCCGUACUGCUAGAAAAAGAAAGAGGAUUGGUGCUAUUCUCACUAUCCAAAAAUCUCCCUGUGUAACAAGAAUGGUCCUGUGCAAGAGCAGCUCCUUCCUGUGCCUGGCAGCUCAUCCUUUGGGGUAGGAAGCUCCACUCUGAGCAAUGGCAGAAUGAAGAGGUAAGUGACAUUUUUAGCCUGUGGAAGCCAAGACAGAAGUGUUUGUUCCCUCAUGGUAACUGCAGUGCUGGAGUAGGUGUGUCGAGGGAGCUGUGCUGCCGGAGAAGCAGCAGUGUGUCCUGGGAGCACAGGCAGCCUCCAGGUGAGCUGUUCCCAUCCCAGUGUGGCAUCUUGCACCCUGAUUGGGAACAUGGAGCCCUGAGGGGCCUUACAGCACUGCCUUUAUCUUUGGGAUUAACCCCUGUUAAUGUGUACUUUUGCAUGUUGAUCAUAGAGAUGUGCAGAGACUUUGAAAAGCAAGUUUGUUCAUGGGCUUUAACACCUCAUCCAGCUGCAGGCAAGAGCUGUGCCCAUAGGCUCACAGCUGUGAGGAGAAACAUGAGGUUGGGAUUGUUGUGGUUUGGAGUUACAGCGUGUUAAUCACCGUGUGUAGAGCUCUGCUGCUGGUAUUUCCAAGGGUACACACAGCUGGGGACAAUGCUUGAGACAGGGCAAAGGGAUGGGAGGGAAGCAGAGCCCAUCACACAGCCACAAUCUCAGUUUCCUGCAGGGAUUGGUGUGGGCAUCACCUUUCAGCUGGGCUGUUCCAGGGCCACAGAGAACAGGCAGACCAAGCUGAUGUUUUAUUUAGUGGAAACUAUAAAAGACAACUCCCCUCCUCCCAAAAGCCAGGCAGUCAACUCACAGCUUAUGAGAGAAAAGGAAGGCAAUGCUCAGGGGGAGGGAAGAGCCCUAGCAUUAAAUGAGAACCUUUCCUGUGGUAGCAUGAGUAAAUACCAUGUUCCAAACAUGCUGCUGCCUGACCCUGAGUAUGUGGGGGCCUCACAAACAUCAUGUGGCCUAAACCAGCCCCAAGUCCUGCUCCUGCAGCAUCCCAGGCCUGGGCAGGGCCUUCCCUCACCACAGCAUCAACAGCCUGAGGUAGCUUUGACCUGGCUCAAGGGAAUUCUGUGGCUUUCACUGCUGGUUCAACUCAUGUCUGUUCACACAGGUUAUUUGCACUAAGUCUCCAUUACUGGAUGUUACUGGAACACUUGAGGGCCUCCUUUGUGGUUUCAAGAGCUGCAUGGCUUUCUCCCUGCACACCCAGAGCUCACUCUGGCAAAUUUAACAUUUGAGAAAGCAUGAACAGCUGCUCAGCACAUCAGUCCUGCAUGGUUAGUGCAGGAAUUCCUCUCCUACAAGAUCAGACAAUGAAGAAGGGGGGAAGGCCAGCAAUGUUCUUCUUGCACUGACGAGUUCUGCAGUUGCACAGCUUUGUCUCCUUGCUCCUGUCCCAUCUCUGUCUCACAGUUAUUUAUCCUGUCAUUACAUGAGGCACCUGCUCAGUAUUUAGCCUGUGCCAGUCCAUAUGAACCCCCUCCUGUUCUGUGACAGGAUGGCAGGUGUGGUGCUGUUACCCAUCCCAUACUGGCUGGAAUAUACCCUCAAACUAGGGUAACAAUCACCUAAAAAUGCCUAUUGGUUAAAACAAAACCUCCACUAAUUUAAAAGGAUUUGUGAAGCUGGUUUUUAAAAGUGCAAGAGUGGUUUAUUCUGACCUUUGUGAAACUAGUUUGCUAUGAAGAUGAAGCAAUUUGUAAGAAAUAAUGUGGUUGUAGUGGUGGAGGGGAAUUAUUACAGGCAUUUUAUUUUGUCUAGGCUGGUAAGACAGAAUAAAUUUUAAAAACCCCGACCAGCAUGUGCUGGUUGGUGAGAGCUCAAGGCAAUGGUGAUUGUAGACAAGAAGUGAUUUCCCACAUUUCAUAGGAACUGUGACAGAGUCUGUAAUGGCCUAACCAGGAAAAAGCACAGAUCCCAGCCCUGGACUGCAAGGUAAGGCCUUAAGGAAAACUGGAGUUUUCAUUCAAGCUUCUCAGUGCUGAAUGAAAGCCUUGGUUCCAUCUGGGAUCUCUUGCAGAGGCAGCAGUGGGGGCUGCCCAUUCCUCGACAGCAGCAGCUCCUGUUCAGCUCCCAUGGGCAGAGCCAGAUCAGCUCUAAUGAGAGAACAAUGGCGUGAGCUGGAUGAAAGGCUCAAUCUGUCAAACUUCAUCAUGGCUAUUUUAAAAAUAAACUCUGAGGCAUUUGGUUCUCCAUGAAGUUUGUAGCUGCCUGCCAACUGGAACCCUGGGCUGCAGGACUGUGACCAAGUCCCUUCUCUCCCCAGCUUUCUGUCUUUACAUAAUCUUAAAAGUGAGGGGUAGCACAUACUGCUUAGGGAGGACAUAAAAAUAGACUGAUAAUACCAAGUGUCUUUGGCCUCUGAGAAGCACAGUGAUACUUUUGCCCUGUUUUUCUGGCUGUUCUGUUUGUUGGGACCUGCUGGUUCUGCAGGUGCUGCUUCCAAGGCAGUAAUUCUCCAUAAAUCCUUUCUGGGUGGCUGUAAGGGAGGACAGGAGCAGCUCAGUUGAGGGCAGGAUCCUUCUGUGUUCAUCCUCCCAGCACUCACAUCCCCACCCUCACUGUGCAGGAGUGAAUCCAUCUCAGCAUUCUUCAGUCUCAGGGGUUUGAUCAGGAAUUUGGGCUGUAGUAGGUGUGAGAGGGGCUGAAACAGGCUGGGCUACAGCAGCCCUCAGCCUCCCUUGUUGGGAACUCUGCCAUUCAGAAGGGGCUGGCAGGGUAGCCUUGCCUCGGGAUGGCCCCGCACAGCUUGGCUGAUGGGAUAGGAAAUAUUAACAGAAUUGGGGAAUUGGGUGCCUGCAAGCAUGUUAACUCCAGAUCCACAAGCUCUUUGCAGUGCAUGAAUUCAGUGCUGUUCACCUGUAAAGAAAGAUGCAGAUUUAUUUUAAGUUCUGGAUAUGUGACUCUCUUGUCUGGCCACUGCUCCUGUCACUUUGUAAUCAGGGGAGGGUAGGGACAUGCUGCAUGCCUCAGCAAUAUGCUGCUGAUCCUGAUGGAAAACACUUAUCCAGGAGCUCCUGAUAACUACUCCUAUAACUAUGACUACCCCUUCUACUACACAGAACGUGGGCAAUUGCUUCCUCUUUGCAGGAAACAGCAGGCAGGAGGGACAGCAGGAGGCCAGGUUAUUUCAGACAAAUUCAAGACCUCAAAAUGGGUGGAUGACAAGCUGGCAGCCUGGGUCUUUACCCUUCUAAGUGUGCUUUCUUAAAAGGCAUGUGUUCUAUGAAACCAGGGAAAAGCUUAAAAAAAAAAAAAAAGGAAAAAUAAAUACAGCUUGUCUUGAAUCAUUAGAAGUCAAACUGGUUAUAUUUUUAGAGCUAUGUGACUAUACUAAAAAGUUUUCUCAGUGUUCAGAGGGAGGCUGAGGAAACUGGGCAGAUUUCUAGGUGCUCUCAGACUCUCCCAUCAUGAGAGAAUUUCUCCUGGCUCAGGAUGCAGGCAGCUAUCUGUGGCCAAGAAUUUGGAACCCUCCCUACCCUGCCAAAGGGAUGUCCCUCUCCUCAGUCCCACCCCUGAACUGCACUUUUGUUCCCUUUUGUUAGCACCAGCAAGGUCUGCAGCAAAGGCAGGACAAGAACACAAGUCUCAGGAGCUGCUGAAGUGCAAUACUGGCUGUAAAUACACGUGCCUUUAUUCUUUAUCAUGUCCUGCCUUCAGGAUUUGUGAUGACCAAAGGCCAUUUUGCUUCCUACCUGUGCUUU